CCAUGCACCCCUCCCUUCAUGUAGGCCCUCCCCAAGCUAUGAGAGCCUUAUUUAACCCCUCCUUUCCAUUCUUCUCCACUCCAUGGUGUUGUGUAGAGAGGUAGAUUAAUGAGGAUAAGAGAGAGCAAUCAUAGUGGUACUGGUAGCGCUCAAGUAGUAAUCACAAUUAAUACUCGUAUCGAUCUUGGUAUUGUGCAAGUUUAACAACUUCUUCCAUCUUCCCCACCACUUGCACCCCUUCAACAGGAAGAACCACUUAUUGGACAGAAGUAUUUAUAGGGUAGGAGAGAGGGUGAAGGGGGUGAUGAUUCCAUAGCUCACCAGUUUAUGGCAAUUAUAGCAGCCAUGAGUGCAAACGACGGCAAGGAUGAUCACGAGCACGACCUUGUCAUGCCCGGCUUUCGCUUCCACCCUACUGAGGAGGAGCUUAUCGAGUUCUACCUCAGGCGCAAGGUUGAGGGCAAACGCUUCAACGUCGAGCUCAUAACCUUCCUCGAUCUCUAUCGCUACGACCCGUGGGAGCUUCCUGCAUUGGCUGCAAUUGGGGAGAAGGAAUGGUUCUUUUAUGUCCCUAGAGAUCGAAAGUAUAGAAAUGGUGAUCGGCCCAAUCGGGUGACGACAUCGGGCUACUGGAAGGCUACCGGAGCUGACAGGAUGAUCAGAGCUGAGAAUCACCGGUCAAUUGGAUUGAAGAAGACGCUUGUCUUCUACUCUGGGAAAGCUCCUAAAGGCAUACGAUCAAGCUGGAUCAUGAACGAAUACCGUUUGCCACAGAACGAGACAAAUCGAUAUCAGAAGACCGAAAUCUCGCUCUGCCGAGUCUAUAAAAGAGCUGGGGUCGAUGACCACUGUCCCCAGGGCUUGCUCCCUUCCAAGGCAUCCUCAUCUAGAGGGACUGGACCAGAUAAGAGACACAGUUCCUCCCAUCAGCCACCACCAAGCUUCCAAACGUUUGCAGGAAACAUCUCGUCGCCAAUGAUGGAGAAGGCACACAAAAUGGGAGGUGGAAGCAACGCCCACAUGUCGGCACCGCCGCCCCACAAACCUACUCUCUAUGGAUCGACGGCUUCGGUGGCUUCAUUGAGCUCGACUACGUCCACUGAAGAAGAUGGUACAACAAUUCAUCCGAAGAAUAUGAACGCUUUAAUCCCAACAUGUUCCCUCCUCACUUCUGCUACUUCCUCCAUGGCCAGUCCUACGAUGGACGAGCUCAUGAAUAGGUUAGUAGGUUGCAACCAAAACUACACGAACCAACAACCCAACCAAUUCCUCCCAUUGCCACCGCAACCCCAGUUGCUUCCUCUCAACACUCUGCCCGUUUCAUUUCCAACCAUUUCAGACAAGCUCUGGGAGUGGAAUCCCCUCCAUGAGGUUGCUAGGGAUUACACCAGUUUUAAGUGAUCGAUGGCGUGCUCAUACACUUAUAUAUAUAUAUAUAUAUGCUCGCUGAUCCAUUGUCCUCCUCAUAUUUUUCUUUUCUUUUCUUUUCCAACAAAGACUGCUGAAGUAUGUAACUGUGGGUGAAAACUUAUUCUAGAUCAGGUUUGUAGUUCGACUAAGUUUCUAUAAGUUUGCAUGGCUAUUGUUAUCAUGUGUCGAGUUUUAUUCUUCUUGGAUAUAUACUCCAAAUCUAUGUUAUAAUUUUGGGAGGAUGGUAAGGA